GGCGAAACUGGGGCUUUUAAUAGAGCGCAAAAAGUUGCGCGUGGACGAUUGUGAAGUUUUAAUUGGUUUUGCAGCAUCUUCAGAGACGAGGAAGUCCUCGUUAAAGGUGCAUCAGUCUUUUAUUAUUACACUAACGUAAAGCUGGACCACAGAAAACUAAUGGAAAAUGACUCAGACUGCGUUCACAUCGCCAUCUGUCCACUCAUGUAUCUCUCAACAUGUCUAUUAAUUAUCCUGCUAUUAAUACACUGACUCCUGGUUGGACAGGGUUUUAUACUGAUACUCAACUCAAAGUAGUCAGUAUUAAUGCAGUGUGGGUUUUUGAGCAACACCAUAAUUAUUACCUUUGAAAUUUGUCAUGAGCGGAACACUGCUUUAUUAUGAUGUAAGUAAAAUAUACAGACUGUACUUUGCUUGGUAGGAAAAUGGAUCAUCACUGUUUUCCUUCAGCACUGAACACAGCCGGAAAACGAAGGUUCAAGGUUACAGACAAACCAUCCCUGUUUGAGUUUCAGAUGUGCUUUCUGAGGUUUUAUUCACAAUGAGUGUCUUUGUCUUCAGUGUUCAGGUCCGUUACUGCUGAUUAAACUGACCGAACAGGGUUUUCAUGUCGUGUCGUGCCGGUUUCUAACAGGUUUCUGUGUCAUUGCUGCCAACUUUAGAUUUAUUUAAGGCAAAACUAUGGCCUUCAUCGUUCAGGGGAUUUUAGAGGCUUGUUAACAAUGGCACCUCUCAGUUCUGUGUGGUUGCGGUACCAUCUUACCAUUACUCUCUGUACUGCACUGAACAGAACCUCUCCAAAAUACAAUAGCCACACAUUGUAGGUCUUACUACAGCAAAAUUUGGGUAUUUUGACAUACUUUCUUUCAAUUACAUAAACCCUUGUAUCCCAUGUGUUGUGUGAAUCUUCUGUUGUGGGCUUUUCCACGUCACGUUGAGCCAAAUGUUGUUUCCAGAAAAGUCCAUCAGAGGCGUUGCAUUAAAAAAACAGAAGCUACAGGGAUGGCUUUGCUUUGAUGGAGCAGUCUGUCUGUUGCGUGUGUGUCUGAGGAGGUGUGAGAAGGUCAGACCUUAGAGGCCUUUUCAUGUCCGUCUGCGUAUGAGAGCUGGCCGGUGAUGCGUUGGCUCAUUGUGCGGCUCGGCUCCGGACGCUCACACGCUUUCUCUGCACUCGCCGAACCGAGAGCGUUCAGCGCCUGCGACUGGACCGUAAACAAUGAGUGGUUCACACGAGACCCGCCUCCUGGACCAGGUGCUGGAGCUGAUUAUGAAUGAAAAGCCUCCCACCAGCGCCAGCCUUUUCUUGAACGAGGACGCGGACAAAGCCCCCCCGCCCGCAGGAGGCCAGCUGAGGAGGCGUCUGAGGAGGGCCAUGGAGCGGCGGGCCGGCACCGUGAAGGACCGGAUGGGCUCCCUCAGCAGGGGCCGCGUCGCGGGCUUCUUCAGGAGGAACCUGUUCGUCGUGUUCACCGUCGCCGCCGUGGCUCUGGGGGUGGUCCUGGGCUUCGCUCUUCGCCCGUACGACCUGUCCCUGAGGGAGAUCAAGUACUUUGCUUUUCCGGGGGAGCUGCUGAUGAGAAUGCUGCAGAUGCUGGUGCUGCCGCUCAUCGUCUCCAGUCUGGUCACAGGUAUCUCGUCCCUGGACAGCCGAGCGUCUGGGAAGAUGGGGGUGCGCGCUGUGGUCUACUACAUGGUGACCACGCUGAUCGCCGUGUUUAUCGGCAUCGUCAUCGUGAUGAUCAUCCGACCCGGCAAAGGCAGCAGGGAGGGUCCAGUGGCCAACGGGGGAAGCAUAGAACCGGUGCAGGCUGCGGACGCGUUCCUGGACCUCAUCAGGAACAUGUUCCCUCCCAACCUGGUGGAAGCUUGUUUCAAGCAGUAUAAAACCGUUUACAAGAAGGUUGUUCUCACCAAGAACGUGACGCUGACCCUGAACGCCAGCGACUCCCUGAAUGCGACGGAGCCCAGCCUGAUUCUGAACCUCAGCCGGGUGCUGCACACGGUACAGGUUGGUAGUGGAACGUCUGAUCGUCAGAAGGUGGAACCCUGUGAACUGUGCUUGGCUGUGGGACUUUUGCAGGAGACGGUGGAGGAGACGGUGCCGGUGCCGGGCUCCUCGGGGGGCGUGAACGCCCUGGGCCUGGUGGUCUUCUCCAUGUGCUUCGGUCUGGUCAUCGGUAACAUGAAGCAGCAGGGCCAGGCUCUGCGGGACUUCUUCGACUGUCUGAACGAAGCCAUCAUGCGGCUGGUGGCCGUCAUCAUCUGGUACGCGCCGGUGGGCAUCCUGUUCCUGAUAGCGGGGAAAAUUGUGGAGAUGAAGGACCUGGCGGAGGUGGGCGGUCAGCUGGGCAUGUACACGGUGUCGGUGAUCGUGGGCCUUCUCAUCCACGGCCUCCUGGUGCUGCCGCUGCUCUACUUCCUGGUGACCAGGAGGAACCCCUACGCCUUCAUCGCCGGGCUGCUGCAGGCGCUCAUCACCGCCCUGGGAACCUCCUCCAGCUCGGCCACGCUGCCCAUCACCUUCCGCUGCCUGGAGGAGAACAACCGCGUGGACAAGCGAGUGACGCGCUUCGUGCUGCCUGUGGGCGCCACCAUCAACAUGGACGGCACCGCCCUCUACGAGGCUGUGGCGGCCAUCUUUAUCGCCCAAGUCAAUGACAUGGACCUGAACUUUGGCCAGAUUCUUACCAUCAGUAUCACGGCAACUGCUGCCAGCAUCGGAGCAGCAGGCAUCCCUCAGGCUGGCCUGGUUACCAUGGUAAUCGUAUUGACAUCGGUGGGACUGCCCACAGAGGACAUAACACUGAUCAUCGCUGUGGAUUGGUUCUUGGACCGCCUGCGCACCACCACCAACGUCCUCGGGGACUCGCUGGGGGCCGGCAUCGUGGAGCACCUGUCCCGCGGAGAGCUGCACAGUGAGGACGGAGAUCACAACUCUGUAAUGGUGGAGAACGAGAAGCCGUACCAGCUCAUCUGUCAGGAAAACGACUGCCUGAACCACCGCAACAGCGAGACCCCGAUGUGAAGGCCCAGCCACGCACAGCAGCGUCUGGGCCCCAGAGGCAUUCGAGGGGACACCUGGCUUCCAGCGGUGCACAAGUCCCACACAAAGAAUGUGCUCGGUGGUUCUGGGAACUCACAUCACCCUUAAACACGAGACAGGUCAAAUAUUCACAUACAAAAAUCAAGCUCUGAUGACUGUUGAAUGUAUGUAGGGUUUGUGUAUUUUAUUAUCCGUUCAGUCAGGGAGACAUGAGAUCAUCUACCAGCAUCAGCGUUAAACGCUAAGUGUUAUCAGCCAACAAAUGAAUCAAGAAGUGUUUUGCCAAUGAAACAUAAAGUCUCAAUAAGGUUAUAAUCAAGAUAAAUUUACAGUGUUCCUGGUGUCUUUUUGGCUCCUCUCAUCCAUGUUUAAGUGACAGUUUAACUGUGACACAGGGUUGAAGGAAGUUUCAUCAGCAAAAUACUUUUCCCAAAGUACUUUGGGAAGUAAGAGGACUAUGUACACUCCCAGACGGAAUGUAAUCAUCACUGUCGUCAUGACUACCUCUGAUAGGAUGUGGAUGUGGAGCCUUUGCAGUGUUGCAUACAUGCUGAAAGCUUGUGUGCUUGUGUCUCAGUGCGAUUGUACAGCUGCAUCGGACUGUUAAACGCUGGAUUGUUGUAGUGAAGUGUCUCCUUGCUGUUAUUUUGAAGUUCACUUAUUGCUAGAAGUUUUUUCACUCAGUGCUUUCUUAUAAUUAUUAUAUUUCUUGCUUUUCUUUGGUGCUAUUUUCUUUUAAACUUCGGGGACGUGACUGUACUGCUACAGAAAGAUCUGCUGAUGUGCUUGUUGAUCAUUGUCUUAUUUGCAGUUUUCAAGUCUGUUUUCACAUUUAAUAUUACUUUAAUUAUCUAUAUGAUUAAUUACCUAUAGUUACAGUGACGCUCCAGCAGCACACUUGCCUGUCUGUGGUUUCUGCAGCAUAGGUCACAGUAUCAACUGAAUGUAAUUUGAUGUUCCUAUAUUUGACUGAGAUAAUAUUUUGCAGAAUAAUAAAUGAUACCUGUUUAGUGAAACAGUGCUGUGAAGAAGGUGAUACUGGUUUGAAUACUGGAAAUGAAUGUACAGCUACUUUAUGCUUUUUGGGCGACAGCAGUUUUAGAAGAAAGUAAAGUGCGUUUUUAGUUUUAGAAGUAAAAUGUUUUGGUAAAAUGUUUAAUGCUCAGUAAGAGGCUUGGCCUUAGUGUUGAUGCUUGAUGCUCCAUCAGUGUUUUCUCUCACACAGGAGCAGCUUGACAUUUCUGAUGGACAGCUUGUUAAAAAUGUGACAAAUAAAUGGCUCAGGAAUUAAAA